GCAUGCGGACCGCAAGUUUAACUUUAGGAACCUCCAGCUCCUCAUCCUGAUUAUAAAGUCUAAUUUUUGCGCACGUGGUUGCGCGCGCUUCCUGCCCUCCCUCCUUCCCACCUUCUCCCCUCCCCAAAAGGUGACCGCGGAUUCGCACUUCAUCCACUCCUCCCGGCGCUCACCGGCAGCCUGACGCGGAGGACGGUCAUGCAUCCGCAGAAGCGCGCGUGCAGCUGCGCGUGCAGACCUCUGCUCCGCUGGUGACUCACGCCGUCCUCUCUUUUUUUACCCAAGUUUUUUUAAAAUUUUAUUUUGGGCUGCUCUUCCCUCGCAGCGGCCGCGCUUCCCAGGCCGUCUGCUCCGAGUUUUCCUCCUCAGAUGUGCGUGGACGGACGGGCGCGCGCGCUUUUUCCGGGUCGUCCCGCCGCGUGAACCGCAUCCGUAGAUCUUGCGUGGGUCCGGGCCGCCAGGAUGUGGGUGACGGUCGGGUGCUGCCUGUCUCUGCUGGCGUCUGUCACCAGCGCUGCGCAAAGCGCAAACGAGCCCAGCAACAUGUCGUAUGUGAAAGCCACGGUGGAUAAGUUGUUGAAGGGCUACGACAUCCGGCUGCGGCCUGAUUUUGGAGGCGCGCCCGUGGACGUGGGCAUGAGCAUAGACAUCGCCAGCAUCGACAUGGUGUCUGAAGUCAACAUGGACUACACCAUCACCAUGUACUUUCAGCAGUCCUGGAGAGACAAGCGCCUGUCCUACACCGGCAUCCCUCUCAACCUGACACUCGACAACCGAGUCGCCGAUCAGCUCUGGGUCCCCGACACCUACUUCAUCAACGACAAGAAGUCUUUUGUCCACGGGGUGACGGUGAAGAACCGGAUGAUCCGACUGCACCCUGAUGGCACCGUGCUCUACGGCCUCAGGAUCACUACGACAGCUGCCUGCAUGAUGGACCUGCGCAGAUACCCUCUGGAUGAGCAGAACUGCACUCUGGAAAUUGAGAGCUAUGGGUACACCACAGACGACAUUGAGUUCUACUGGCAGGGCGGCAGCAACGCCGGCUCCGUCACCGGGGUGGAGAACAUCGAGCUGCCCCAAUUCUCCAUCAUCGACUAUCAAACCCUCUCCACCAAAGCUGUGUUUGCCACAGGUUCUUAUCCACGUCUGUCACUUAGCUUCAAGCUAAAGAGGAACAUUGGUUACUUCAUCCUGCAGACCUACAUGCCCUCCACCCUGAUCACCAUCCUGUCCUGGGUCUCCUUUUGGAUAAACUACGACGCUUCUGCUGCCAGGGUCGCCUUAGGUAUCACCACUGUGCUGACCAUGACCACCAUCAACACCCAUCUCAGAGAGACCCUGCCUAAGAUCCCUUACGUCAAGGCCAUUGAUAUUUACCUGAUGGGCUGCUUUGUCUUCGUGUUCCUGGCCUUGCUGGAGUACGCCUUCGUCAACUACAUCUUCUUCGGCCGAGGUCCUCACCUGCAGAAGAAGGCAGCAGAGAAAGCCAAAUCCAACAACGAGAACAGAAGCAGAAUGGAGAGCAGCAGGGUUCAGGUUGAUGCUCACGGCAGCAUCCUCCUGUCCAACAUGCCCACAGAGAUGGGUGGACCAGAUAUGAUGAGCUCGCUCCAUGACCCACGGGCCACAAUGUUCUCCUACGACAGUGCCAGCAUACAGUACCGAAAGCCGAUGGCCAGCCGGGACCUUUACGGACGACCUGCCAUCGACCGACCACUCGGACCUAAGAAAAGCCGCUUGAGAAGGAGGGCCUCUCAGCUGAAAGUCAAGAUACCAGACCUCACGGAUGUCAACGCCAUAGACAAGUGGUCCCGAGUAGUUUUUCCCAUCACAUUCAUAUUCUUCAACCUGGUGUACUGGCUGUAUUAUGUCCACUAGGGCGCAGCAGUGAGCCUCUGUGGCAGACCCACAGUUUCACAGAAAAACUACCUAAGUCCUGUACAGAGAUGCAAAGAGGAGUGGUAAGACCACUUGUACAUAUCCUCUUUUGGAGAGAAGGAAGAGCUGGUCUGUACAUUGUAAAUACAAUUUAAUAUAAAAUAUGGUAUAUAAAUAAAUCUAUAUAAAGAGAGACAUAUACUUUAAUAAAAAAACAAUCACUUUUGCUCUACAUACAAAAAUAAUCAAGCACAAAAAGUAAGGAAAUUUGUUGUCUGAUAAAUUAUUAAUAGUACCGAUGUUUGGGAAUCAUUUAGAAACUGUUGGAAAGCCUUUUUAACCCUUUAACUGCCUGCUCAACCAAAUAGAACACUUUUAGAAAACUUACUUUUAAAAACAAUGACUGUGAGUAAGGCUGCCACAAAUGAGGAUUUUAAUAGUUAACUAAUUGGGAAUUGAUCACUGCUGACAUCUCACUGCCUACAACUGCAUUAUUUAUGUCUUUUAUUUUGAAAGGACGUCAUAUAAACCGGUCAAAAGUUGAGCAUUUUGUGGGUACCAAUUAAGUUAUUUAGGGCACAAAUUAUUAUUUUGUAUGUAAAUUUGUAUUUUGUGGCCAGAAAAAAUAGCAUUUUGAGGACACAAGUUGGCAAUUUUUUGGCACACAUUUGUAUUUUCUAUCAACAAAUUAGGGUUUUGUGGGUAUAAAUUAGUAUUAUGUGGCCACAAAUAAAUAUUUUUGUGGGCAAAAAAUUAGUGUUUGGUAUUUUCUAUCCACAAAUUGGUGUUUUGUGGGGAAAAAAGUAUUUUAUCAGCAAAAAUUAGAGUUAUGGGGAAAAAGGCUAUUGGAUCUUUGUGUUCAUGUUUCAUUUCUGCCAAAAGAAAAAAAAAGACAGUAGUAAUAGUAAAAGGUGACGUAAAAUUUUGUGGCUCCGGGUUGUAAUCUGUAAAAAUUGGCUUCUUAAACUGUUGAGGGUUGCAGAUUUAUGCAAUAAGCAGCAGAAAAGAAAAACAUUUCUUCAAUUGAUUUUGUCUUGAUGGGUAGUUAAAGGGUUAAGGAGUUCGUAAGACGCAGGCAUUUACGUGAAAAGCAGCAUGGCCGAACAUGUUCAUCUAUUCUUCUAUGGAGUAAAGCACUUUCAGCUGAUGGUGGAGGUGGCAUCAUGAUUUGGGGCAGCCCCCACCUCACUUAAACUGCCCUCAUACAAGCUCAGUUUUAGGGAAAGAGGUGAAGAUUUGUGGGUAUGCUGCUCCUCCUACCAGUGCCAGCUCUCUACAAACUCUAGAAACAAAACAAGCAGGCUUUCCAGUGGAAGAAGACUGGAAACUUUCUUUUAAAAAGAUCUAUUCUAACAAACGUCCUUACUUUCUGUGUCAAGUUUAGAUAGUAAAAGAUUAGAAUCUUAGAAGACAUAGUCAAAUUUGGUAUUUUUAAGUCCCAACAUGGCAAAAAAAAUGUCCGGGUAUGCGAACAUUAUGGUAGUUUGUUUUGUUGUCUUUUUCUGUUUCUCCAUCUUUUGCAUGUAAAUGGAGCUUCAUUGCUGGACAAUAGAAAAAGGGACGAGGUGGAAGUGAGACGUCAGCUCAAAGGGACAUCUUCAAACAAGCUGGUGGAGGACUCCUGCUGAAAGCACCAUGAACUGGCUGGAAUCAGACGAUCAGACAGGAUUGAACAGCUCAUCCAGACUCAGUAGAAACUACUUUAAGUCACUUUUAGGUUCUACUCUGUUGCCCUCUGAAGUUAUGUCCUCACCAGAGAUGUGGUGUGCGUUCAAGAGUGUGUUUGGUCCAUGGUGUUCACAUUGGACAAGCAGGGUGGGGCUUCUUCUUCUUCUUCUUCUUCUUUUUUUUAAUGUUUACUAGUGCAUGUCCACCACCAGUCGGAGGUGCCAAAUGUCUAAGCGGUGCAAAUCUCAUGAAUUUUAUUCCAGGCUUUUCUCUUUCACAGCUUUAUUCUGAUAUAUGACAGAAUUCCUGCUGUAACAAACUGUUAUUGAUUUCCCCCGUAAUCAGUUUUUAAACAGUUGACACUUUAGGGAAUUAAAAGAAACACCAUCCAACGUCACCACCAACUCUGAGUCCCUGAUUGGUCAAACUCUGACUUUUUAUGCACUUUCAGUGGCUGCUUGUUUUGGACAUAGAGCCCAAAAAUGGUCUUAAAAAUGUGCGAAGCUUUGCGAGUUUUGAAUGUGGAAGUCGAAAACGCCAUUUCCAUGCAUUUCCAUAGACUUUUCAUUAAAACAUGCAUUGCUGAAGGCGGGGUAGGCGUAGCUUUACAUUUACUGACUGCAGCGGGUCACUCCAGUGUGAGCGCAUGGGGAUCCAUGUGCGUCUUCACCAAGAACAUGCUGUCUCUGAUUACAGACAUCCGAUUGGUCAGUGUGUAACUUGAAUAAGUUGCACUACAGAAAAACCUAAUGAGCAUAAAGAGGAUUAUCAAGAACGUGUUAAAAAUGUAUCAGAGUAAGGGGGGUUAUUCUGACCAAUAGAAUAACUGAAUAACAGCUGUUUAUUUCUCUAUAGAAGUCUAUGGGAUUUUGACUUCCUGGUUCCAGCAGGUACUUCCUGUUUGGGUCACUCAGUCCAGUUCUCAUAUAUAGACAAUGUUCAUUCUCAUGUACUUGAUUUAUUGACAUUAAGCAUAACUGGUCUGUUUUCCCGAGGUUGUUAUGAAGACUCUUCUUUUAAGGGCCACAGGUGUUUAGCUCCUGAUGGCAACACUGGUGCAGGAGUCUACAACCUGCAGCUCCAGAUCCACAUGUGUCUCUUUUAUCUCUCCUUAUCCAAACAUAAAAUAAAUCAUGGAGACUGCUGAUCCAGACAUGUCGACCGUCUGAGUCAGCAGCUCCUGAUAGUGGCUGUCUAACCAAAACUAACUAAAGAAAACAAAUAAACAAAGCCUGAAAACUAAGACUAUCAAGGUCCAAACUAAAAUAACAAAACCCAGCAGAGUAAGACUGCUGAUAUGAACAGUACUUAAAGUUAUGUAAAUUAUAAACUGGCCAAUCAGAUGUCUUAAUAAAAGCAUGUGGUCUCACCUCGAACGUUCACAAACUUCGACAGACUUGGUGUUGCCCAUUUUCAAGCGGUCCUGGUGUGGACUUCCAACAAGGCGACUGAAUUGAUUUCAUUUCAUUGGAACCACUUUCUACUCACUCAAUCCAGUUUUCAUAUACAGUCAACAAUGCACCCCCACAUGUGUCAGGUUGUUUGUCAGCGCUGGACCGCCUAAGUCCAAAGAUUUGACACAGGUUCCCACCAGCAGAACUUCUCUGAUGUUCUAUGAGGCAUCAUAUGUUUUGUGAUGAGACACAUUCAGCUGUUUUUGGGGCCCUGAACUCAUCGUUUAUGAAUCUGCAGCAGACACAUUUAGAUUUAUCAGGAUAUAACUUAGAUGCAUGAAGCAUGAAAGGUUAGGGAGUACACAACAGGUUACCACAACAGACUAUUUUUAAAGAUGAAGCUUAAGUAGCCAUAAAAACAUGCGGGUGAUUCCAUUCCCUCAUUCCUCCAUGUUUGUGAUGUAGGAACCUGGACUGGUUUGAGGAGGAAACGGUGUGUUUCCAUUUACACACAUUUAUACAAGUCUCCUACACAAAAACAGGUUUUACAAAAGCUUAGGAUUUUAUUUUAAAAUGUCAUGACUUUAUGAACAAAAAUACGAUUUUCCCAGAAACUUUUGUUUAUUAUGUAUUUUGUUUCUUCCUUGAUUGAACAAUGAAAUACUCCUAAGACUGCAUGAUCAGAGCGGCUCUAAACAGGAAGUGGAGGCGUUGGUGUUCCUGUGUUUCAUCGACAGUCCAUUCUCAUCCACCAUGGAGUUUCCACCAACACUUUAGCUGUAAGUUGAUUUUUAACUCUGGAAAUGAUCAUUUUAACAUUUGCAUCUGUAUCAGCCUUGUGUUGUGAUCACUCUUGAGUGGUGGGGUCUGCUGAGCUGGUGAAGCUUCAGGAUGGAAUCAAACUUCUGCAUUCAUGAUUUUAUUCUUCUUUGGUUUUGAAGAUGAUGUAAAUAAACCUGCUUGACGUUCAGACGUAAACGGUCGCAGAGUGAUCGGUUGGAUCACAGGAUCUCGGUUUGAAGUCUCCUGUUAUUGUACCAGGCAGGCGGCCCGUUGAAUGUUUAACCGCUCAGGGGGCGGGGCCUCAUGUAGAUGUAACAUAGGUCACUCCACCCGAACCGACUUUACUCCGCAGGAGUGAAGGGCUGCCUUUCAUAAGAGUUAUUCCAGAAUAAACCCUGAGAUGAUUUAAAGACCUUGA